AUGGAAACGCAAGUCCUGGGCACCAGGAAUCUCCACGAAGCCCUCGAUCGCCUUGCGCAGUCCGACGCCGCGCUGGAUCCGGCGUCCUAUGGUGCUCUUCUCAAAGAAUGUGGCAAUGCCAGGGAGCUGGCGCUGGGCAAGCUCGUCCACUCUCACAUCGCCAAGCACGGCUCAUCCGACAGAGACACAUUCCUGGGGAAUUUCUUGGUUCACAUGUAUGGGCGGUGUGGAAGCAUCGACGACGCGCGCAGGGUCUUUGAUAGGAUCCGGCUGCGCAACGUCUUCUCUAGCAACAUCAUGAUCGCGGCAUUUACCGAGAAUGGGGAUCUUGCUAGCGCGAAGAACCUGUUCGAUCGAUCGACCGUGAAGAACACCGUGACAUGGAACGCAAUGAUCAAUGCGUACGUGGGCGCUGGCGCGAUGGAAGAAGCUAAAGAUCUGUUCAAGGCGAUGCCAGUGAGAGACGUCGUUUCGUGGAGCGCGAUGAUCAAAGCAAAUGCCGGGAGAGGGGAUUUGGAGAUGGCGAUUCUUCUGUUCAAGCUCAUGGAUCUAGAUGGAGUGCGGCCGAAUCGCGUGGCAUUCAUGUGUGUGCUCGAGGUGUGCGCUGAUCUAGAGGCAAUCACGCUGGGGAUCACGAUCCACGAGCUCAUCCGGGAGGCAGGGCUGGAAUCCGAGACGAAGAUCGCGAACACGCUCAUCCACAUGUAUGGGAGCUGCGGGAGCAUCCAGAAAGCCAGCGAGAUCUUCGAAUUGAUGCCACACAAAUCCACAGUCUCGUGGAAUUCCAUCGUCUCGGCCUAUGCCUGGAGUGGAGAUCUCGAUCAAGCCCAGCACCUGUUCGAUCGGAUGCCCCAGCGCGACGUGGUGUCGUGGAAUUCGAUGCUCGCGGCGUAUUCCCAGAACGGGCAUGGCGAUCGAGCUCUGGAGCUGUUCUUGGUGAUGGAUCCCUCGCUGCAAAACGAGGUCACGUUCGUGAUCGCGGCGAAUGCGUGCGCGAGCCAGGCAGCGCUGGAAGAGGGCAUCGCGAUCCACUCGAGGGCCGUGUUCUACGGCUAUGGCAGCGACACCCUUGUGGCCAACGCGCUCGUCACGCUCCUGGGCAAAUCCGGGAGCGUGGAGGGCGCCAAGAGCGCCUUCGAUCGAAUUCGCUCCAAGGACGCCGUGUCGCUCAACAGCAUGAUCGCGAUCUACGCCGCGAAUGGAUCCGGCGAGGCGGCGGUGGAGGCGUUGCGAUCCAUGGCGGCGGAGGGCGUGAGCCCCGAUUCCAUCACAUUCAUGAGCGCGCUCUCGGCGUGUAGCCACUCGGGACUACUGGAUCUGGCCUGGGGGCUCUUCCCGUGCAUCGCUGGAGACUAUGGGAUCGCUCCAGCGAUGGAUCACUACGUGAGCUUGCUGGAUCUGCUGGCUAGAGCUGGGAGGAUUGACGAGGCCGCGGAUUUGAUCGCCCAUAUGCCAUUUGAGCCGCCGGUGCUGGCGUGGACGAUACUACUGGGCGCUUACAAUGCGAUGGGGCAGCAGGGAUCCAAUGCCGUGGAGCGAUCGAUGGAGCUAGAGCCCGAGAACUCGGCACACUAUGUCCUUCUCUCCAAUCUGAAGAGCCCUAAAAACAGGGGUAGGGUUUGA